AGUAGAUCAUUUGUACUGUCACAAUCUGAUGGCGCUAGCUUUAGGCAUAAUUCAGAGGUCAGAAAACAUAACUAAAUUCGAAAAUGUAACGCAAAUGCAAAUAGGUUUACACUGAUGGGCUAUUAAUGUGACCUCUUCAAAACGGCGGUUCAACUCAAAACUUUAGUUGAUGAUAUUUAGCAUGAAUUUUGAGGUCCGAAGCUAGUUAGCCUUGACUUCUCCGUCGUCAUGGAUGCUGAUCUUCUGCUCGCCAUUCAGCUUCAGGAGCAGUUUGACGACGAAUAUCAGACUUCACAGUUACCACCAGAGUGCUUCUUGGAGGAUGACUUCGGACAGAGCAGUAAGAAACAGAAAGUUGGGGAACCUGGAGGUGGAAGCGGCGCUGUUCACCGCUGGAAGCCGCAGACCUCUUCCCCUGAGAAGCCCCUGAGCAUCGUAGACGAGUCCUGGGAGAUGCUGGACCCCAACCCAGACGUUAGGGCCAUGUUCCUGGAGUUCAACCACAUGUUUUUCUGGGGGAAACUUAGCGGGGUGGAGGUCAAGUGGAGCCCCAGAAUGACUCUGUGUGCCGGUGUGUGUUCCUACGAAGGCCGAGGCGGACUGUGUUCCAUCCGGCUCAGUGAGCCGCUGCUGAAGCUCAGACCAAGGAAAGAUCUGGUGGAGACUCUCCUUCAUGAAAUGAUCCACGCCCUCCUGUUCGUGACUCAGAACAACCGAGACCGAGACGGCCACGGACCCGAGUUCUGCAAACACAUGAACAGGAUCAACAAAGCCAGCGGGACAAACAUCACAAUCUACCACAGCUUCCAUGACGAAGUGGACGUCUACCGGCAGCACUGGUGGAGAUGCAACGGGCCCUGCCAGACUCGUAAGCCUUACUUUGGGUAUGUGAAGAGGGCCAUGAACCGGGCCCCUUCUUCCCUGGACCCCUGGUGGGGGGACCACCAGAGGACAUGUGGUGGGACGUACACCAAGAUCAAGGAGCCUGAAGGAUACGGGAAAAAAAACAAGAAGGAGGCAAAGUCGUCAGAGAGGAAGAAGAAGCCAACAGAAACGGUCAAAGGUUCUGGAUCUCAGGACAUCAGGAACAUAAUCCCUUUCAGUGGGAAAGGCUUCCUCCUGGGGGGGAUGUCCCAAACCUCCUCUUCUUCCUCUCUACCUCGCUCUCCAUCGGUGCCUGCUUCAUCCAGCUCCACCUCCGCUCCUAAAACAUCCUCCAUCCCUUCCUCUCCUCUCAGAGGUUUCUCCUCUCCAAUCCGCUCCGGCUCAUCCAAUGAAAGCGACUCGAUCUCAAACGUCCCACCAUCUUUCAGACCGGCUAGCGCCACCGGGGGAAAACCUCCCGUGAAGCGAUCCGUCGGAAACACUAGAGUCUUUGUCAACAUUAACGGCUCGCCUGUUAAAGUUUCUAAAUCCCAGAGCAACGCUGGAAACCAUCAAGGAGAUCAAAUCAAACAGACUUCUAUUCAGAAGCUUUUUAACGGCAGUAACGUCAGGAAUUCACCGAGUCAGUUGUCUGAGACCAAAGGAUCAAACGUUUCCACUGAGAUAUCCCCUCCCUUUACAUCUAACUCCAGUCUGCAGCAAACCCCUUUAAAACACGCAGCAGCUGAGGGCAGCGCCAAAACAUCGACCCAAUCCAAAUAUUUCAAAGAUUCUGCCGUUAAACUCGGCUCUGCAGUUGGAGGUCAGCCGUCAAGGAAGAGGUCAUGGGACGACCGAAGCAGCUCAGCCAGGAUCUUUGAUUUCUUCGAGAAGACAUUAAGCAGCAAUUCAGCAGCCUCAAGGGAAAAGGCAAAGAUGCAGUCAGCUUCUGCUGCCACGCCCUCAUCGGCUCAGUCCUCCGGACCGAGCAGCUCCUCUUCCUCCUCGCUGGUAAUGGUCAGCUGUCCUGUGUGCCAAGCUAAAGUGGACGAGUCAAGAAUAAAUCAGCAUCUUGAUUCCUGCCUCUCUUAAAUGACUUUAAUAUUUUAAACACCUCCCAGAUUCUUAGCGAAUAACUUUCUUGCAGCAGAGAAGCAUUUUAGCAGCAAAAUCUGGGAUAUUUGUUCGAAUGAUGCUCAUUUGAUUAAUAUGGAGCGGAAGCCGUUGAAGUGCCUGCAUUUAUAUUUGCUACCUUAAUAUUUACUACCCUUUUCUAUAAACAAACGUUCUAUAAUGCAUAUCAGUUCUAAAGAAUAAAUUCAGGUCUAAACUCUUGGAAUUGAACGGCCUUAAAAGCUGAAAUGACAAAAAAUUGAAUGUUUUAAAAGAUGGUUGUGCAGAGGGGAGUUCUCUGGUUUAAAAUUCCAGCGGGUUGUUGGGUUUAUUUGUGCUUCUUUCCUCCGCUUUAAAGCGCCACCAGCAGAGUGACCUCUGCUGCGCUGUGUGCAGAUCAGGUUUCACUGUCGUUGGCACGUCUUCCCGUUUCUGCCGCACUCACCCUGCAGAGGGAAACAAGAUGCAAAGAGGGUGACUGUGCACUGAUAUUACCAGCAUUUCUGCAGUAAAGUGAAAGGAUGGUGAAGCUUUUUACCUCUGUGUUAUUAUUUGUGGCAGUUUGUGUUUUAAAGAGACUUUG